AUGCAGGUGGUAGUAGUGCCGAUGGACCCGUGGAGCCGAGGAGUAGCCACCGACGGAUCCUUCGACUUCGUCACCUUCGACCAUUACGUCAUGGCACCGAACGGAGAAUUCCUGGUCUACGCCGGAUCCGUGGAUUCGACCGGGAACGCGACGCUGCAGUUCCUCUGGCUGUCCGAGUCGGAUGCCUCCAUCCACCAGAGGAAUUCCAUCGUCUGCGACAUCGAGAGCGGCGCUUACUUCGUGCAGAAGCGACAUCUGCAUCCCGAAUUGCUCCUUUAUUCAGCUUAUCAUUCCAACCUCGCAACAGAAUCAAGUUUUGCUCGCAAUGAUGGACUCAACCAGUUAAUUCCCCCACUCAGCGAGCAGCUGACGACGUACCACUCGCUGAAGGCAGCCCUGGUGGGCGGGCAGCACGUGACGUUCGUGGGAUUCGGGGAGAGAUGCGAGAACCCCUUCCCGGGAUUCCGGGUCACUCAGGCUGGGACCUACCAUCUUCAGUUCUACGUCGAAGUCGAUGAAACAUACGAGACGUUCACCGACUAUGUGGAUGUGGAGCGGGCCCUGCUGCGAGGCCAGGAGUUGCAGGCCGUCCUCCUCUUCAGCGGCUGCGAGGAGAUCUCGCGGGAAUCGACGCGACAGGAGAAUCCGUUCCCGGAAUGGAGUGCCAUCGGAGUUCGGCUGUUGGAAUGGGGACAGUUUGCCGACGAGACUGGGCACAGGAUCACCUUUUCUCAAUCUGUCGUUGCUGGUCCGGGAUUAUGGAUCCUUCAGGAGUAUUCCCUGCGAGACACGGAGGAGAUGACCAUCACCCUGUCCGUCGUGGAUUCCAUCUCUGGGAACGUGACGGCGCAGAUCCUCUAUUCCUGUCCCCUCACCACUGGUCUCCUCAUGACUGCUCCCACCAGGCCCAGUCAGCCUCUGGUGGAUUUCUUCGCGGUGUACGAGGGGAUGCUGACGGGGAGGCCCUUGGAGGUGAGAAUGGACUUUCGAGAUUGCUCGGACCCAACGGGGAGCGGGCUCGACUUCACGGGGACCAUCGCCGGGGCUUACCUCAGGGACACAUACCUCGAGUCGCCUGACUGUUGGAUUUUUUUCCCUCAUAGAUCUUCGUGCUUUCUUCUCGUUUCACGAAUUCCGUUUCCUCACUCGAUUCCAGAGGAAACAUACGAGACGUUCACCGACUAUGUGGAUGUGGAGCGGGCCCUGCUGCGAGGCCAGGAGUUGCAGGCCGUCCUCCUCUUCAGCGGCUGCGAGGAGAUCUCGCGGGAAUCGGAGUAUUCCCUGCGAGACACGGAGGAGAUGACCCUCACCCUGUCCGUCGUGGAUUCCAUCUCUGGGAACGUGACGGCGCUGCUCCUCUAUUCCUGUCCCCUCACCACUGGUCUCCUCAUGACUGCUCCCACCAGGCCCAGUCAGCCUCUGGUGGAUUUCUUCGCGGUGUACGAGGGGAUGCUGACGGGGAGGCACUUGGAGGUGAGAAUGGACUUCCGAGAUUGCUCGGACCCAACGGGGAGCGGGCUCGACUUCACGGGGACCAUCGCCGGGGCUUACCUCAGGGACACAUACCUCGAGUCGCCUGACUCGCCGACCUCGAGCAUCUACUCGACGGUGAACACCCUCGUGACGGACUGGACCGACGGGGAGGGCGUGGCAUACCAGGCAGUCACGAUGAGGAUGAACAGGGAUAACACCGUCGUUUUGUAUCCGAGCUAUUACACCGACGUCGAUGGGGUUUGGACGAACGUUUUUGGGGAUGAUUUUUACCUGGAAUGCGCGUUCGGGACUGGGUUCUUCGUCUUCGGUUCUUCUCUCGAGUGAGGUUGGAUCGGGCUGAAUGUAGACGUUGAAGUCCACGAUCCGAGGUACAAUAAAGCUACUUUGCGAAGAGUUUUAGAUGCGA